UGGUGUGGUCGCACCUUAAGUAUUCUUGCGAAUAGUUUGCGAGAAACAAUCCUUUUUUUCAAAACCUACCAUGGCAGGCCACUAAACGUCUGUCCAAAUAUGAACUAUCACAAAAACAUGUCAUCUGUCCUAUUCGGCUAGAAUAUCAAAAUUUUAAUGUAGAUUAUUAAUUGUUACACAGAAUAAAACGUAAAAUGUAGAAAAAAAUCGAAAAUGCCAAGCUACGAGGUGUGCCAGCACUGCAGUCACUCCGUGCGACACAGCGAAGCUACGUUCAGAGGAUAUAGCUACCAUAAACAUUGUCGAAAGUGUUAUGUUUGCAGCGAGACAGACCUGCACGGUGCUGAGGUAUUUAGAGGCGUCAUUUUCUGCGCGAGCUGCGCCAGACGCAUAUUCAGAGGUUGUUCAUCGGCCCGUAGAACACGCCCCGUGCGCACGCGGCGCCGCCGUCGGCACGUGCCAGUGCACGGGGUUAUAGAGCGUGCACGCGCACAUUCUGACACCACCUCCUCACCAGACAGCAAGACAACAGAGACCGCAGUGCCGACGAAGGAUCCUCGUAGAUACCAAGACUGCUACUGCGUGUCUGAUGUUGUUACUCAGGCCCGCCGGCUCAUAAACUUCAUCUAUUACCAGACGCAGAAUCUCAUCAAGAACGAUACAGAAGAUAUCGCCCAGUGUACCGAAAUGUGCCAGCGUAUGCUAGAGGAUUUGAAUUGUCCAGUGCCAGACCCGAGGCCGCAGGUGUUGCCGAUACCACCCCGCCCUGACUACUGCAUACGGAGUUGUAUCCCAGAGAAGAUGAGCUCAAUAGAUACGGGAACUUGUCAUUCCCGCUCCCGAUUCCACUCUAAACGUAAGGGGAAAAAGAAGGGGAAGAAGGAAAAACCUUGCAGCGAUCUCAGGAUAGCAGAGCUGGGCACAUCUGUUGAGAUAGCUAACAUGGCUUUGAGAAGGACGUCUACAAAAAAAGUGCAAUCGCAAUUAAAAAUAAUGGAGAACGAACCAGAAACUAUUAGCAUGUUCACCAACGUAGAUUCUGUAAUUUCCCAUACAAGCAACGAAGAAUAUCUGGAUUCAGAAUGUCACGAAUAUCGAGGUGCGAAGGACGCGUACACAGACAGGGGCAUUCCGGAACAAAUACUUAAAUACGUAGUAAAACAUCCUUGUAAUUUCUUCAAAAAGAAGAUUCUAGCACGCAGUUCCCUGAUCAGUGUCAUCGCUGGGAUUGGCAACGAAAAAGAUUACAGAACAGCUUACGAACGUCUCAAACAGAUAUUCCAUGAUGAAGUCUUGGAUCACCGACAGAACGGAUACAAGAAACUUUAUUCAACUAUAAAUAAGAAAAUGACUCCUUACAAAUUAGGGUGGCUUGAAGCUGAUUUGCCUGGCGACCGUAAACCUAGCCCGUGUAAACAUUUUGAACAGUGCCACAGUUACCGGUGUAUGAGGAGGCAGGUGAUGCGGCUCGCGGGCCCGACAAAGAGCACGAUGGAAAUCUUUCGAACAAAGGUCAAGAAGCUUGUGAUGCCUCAGUUUUUGAACAGAAUAUCUUUUCAAUAUAAGGCCCAAGCCAUCGUGAAGCCCGAAGUUCAUACCAGAGGCAGCAGUCGAACACCCAAGUCUUCACGCACUUCGAGAGUCUCAAGACAGAGUCCUGGGAGGAGACUGACUCUGGACUGA